AAUCCAGUUUGGGUUGUCUAGGCUGAUCACCUCAAUCUCUCGGCAAUUCUUUUCCAGUUCAUAUAAGUUCAGACUGCAAACCUAUGAAUAUUUACCUCUUAUAAUCUAUUGCAUCUACACUCAUCGGACCCAUUAUUUUUAUUCAGCGUCUUAUUCAAUCUGAGAGUGAAAUGAAAACAAACCUUAAUCUAGUUGUGCUUAUUGAAAUUAAAUAAUUAUCAUUUCUAUCAGUUGAAAGAUUGUAAACACUACUCGUGCUCAUAGUGUGAGCCUAGUACAGUUGUGUCUACAUAUGUUUUGAAUCUCCCCCUUUUUCACAUGUGUUUGGGUUCAAAAAUGUCUAUUUUUGACUCUUGGUUCAUCAUGAUAAUUCGUGUUUUGUUAAUAUUUUGUUGUUUUAAUUCACUAUCUAUAUGUUCAAAAGUCGAUGGAAAUGGUUAUAUUAUCUACUGUCCUUGCAUGGGACGUUUUGGUAAUCAAGCUGAACAAUUCCUUGGUUCUCUAUUGUUUGCCAAGUAUCUAGAUCGUACUUUGGUUUUACCACCGUUUAUUGAAUACCGCAAUUAUCAGGUUGAAUUUUCACCAUUCGAUAAAUUUUUCAAAUUAGAACCGCUGAAACAAUAUCACAAAGUUGUUCUCAUCGAAGACUUCAUGACAAAUAUCGCUCCAAAAGUUUGGCUUGAAAAUGAAAGAUUCAUCCUUUGCUAUGGACCCAGAAAAGGAGAUAAUGACCAAAUACCUGAUUGCAAUCCGUUUGAUGGAAGCCCAUUCAAACCAUUUUGGCAUCAUUUUAAUAUAACUCGAUUCCAAUCAUCAAUUUUUCAUCAGCCACUGAUCACUCAGUUCAAUGAAGCUGAGUUUUGGAAAGAGAGAUACAAAGAUUUAAAGACUCUUGCAUUUGUUGGAGCUCCAUCUUCUUUUCCUACUAAUCAAGAAGCUAUUCCAUUACAAAAAUAUUUACACUUCUCAGACUUUAUUGCUGAUUCAGCUGCCAGAUACAGAGAAGCGCGAGGUUUUACCGGGAAACCUUACUUGGGUGUGCAUCUGAGACAUGGAUCUGACUGGAUUAAAGCUUGCAGUCUUUUGAAAGAAAAUGAAAUGAAUCAAUUAUUUUCAUCAGAUCAAUGUAUUCAACGAUAUGGAGUUGAUUUGAAAGAAUUCAAAUUACCUUAUGAAUUAUGUUCACAUUCCGUAGAUACGAUCAUUGAAGAUAUCAAUCGUGCUUUAACCGAAGUGAAUAACCAAAAAUUGGAAGUUGUUUAUAUUGCAACCGAUUAUGAUGAUCAUUCUGUUUGGCAAAAAAUUCACAAGAAACUUCCAGAGGUUACGCUGAUAACUCCAACAGCUACUUACAUCAAGAAUAAUAUAACUCGGGGCUAUAACCAGGCACACUAUAUCAUCGAUACAUAUUUAUUAUCCUAUUCAAACUACUUUAUUGGAAAUUGUGUUUCAUCGUUCAGUGCUUUUGCCUCUCGAAUUCGACUACACUCAUUCCAUUUCGAUAAAACCACACACUUUUUUGCUAGUGACUUAUUGCAUACGGAAAAGCUGCUUAAAGAUGAAUUGUGAAAACAAGAUGGUAAAUUUCAUCAAAUCAUCAGCCAUAUUUCCAUUUAUGAUCUCAGUCUGUGAUAUAUUUGUUAAGUUUUACGAGAAUCCAUCAGCUUCGCUCUGCAAUUUUUUUACUUGCUAGGGCAAAAACUUUGUUACUACUUGUACGGUCACUCUAGGUGCAUAGCAAGUUUAAAAUUUGGCAUUUGAAAUCCUAGCUGAUAAGCCAAUGAAAAGCUGCACUUCCUGCUUAUUUGCAUUUCACGUUGAGGCCAGUCUUGACCUUAUUAACAAGUCAAACGCCGGAUUAACAGUCAUUGUCUUAGAUGUUUUUGUUGUUAAUCUGCGGAUUAAUGACUAGAUAACAACUAUCUUGAAUCCUUCAUUUACCCUUGAAUCAAAUUAUAAUUAGAGUUGUAAACAGUGACAAGAAUUGUAACCAAAAUUCAGAAAUAAUAAGUUGUCACGUCAAGAUGUAUUUCAUUUUCAUUGAGAUACGGAUAAAUCAAAUUAAUAUUUAGAAGAGGUGAUAAUUUUGAUUUUGCAGGAAUCGAUAGUAAUGAAAAUCUUCAUAAAUUAAUUUCUUCUGAGUAACCUGAAUCAUUCUCGUAUGAACUUACUUUUGAAUCUUAUUUAUGUAACAUAUCGAUACAUCUAAUUUUUAUACUCUAUUUAUAAUAUUCAGCCUCGUUUGUUUUGUUCAAUAUCUCACGAGCCAAACAUACCUAUUACUAUGAAAUAUAUGUUUUUGAGAAUUGAAGGACCAUUUAAUACAAAGUUUCGAAGUCAUUUAAGGCCAUUCGUUCAUUUGACCUGCAAACGACUUUUGAAGGGCAUUUUCGAAGAGCACACCUUUUUACAGCUGUGUAACCUAGCAUGUUUGACUCGUGAGAUAUUGAACAAAACGUGAGGUAAAUGAGGCUGAAUAGCUCUGUAAAAACGUAUUAAUGUUAUUCAAACUACAAAUUGCAAUUUAAAUGUUUCAAUUAGU